ACAAAUAUAAAUAGUGAAAGAAGAAAAUAAUUGAUCAUGACAGGUUGUUGCGCCAAAAACUGUCACAAUCGUGCUGAACAAGGUUUUCGUCUUUUUAAAUUUCCUAGUGAUGAAUUACGUAAAGAAAUAUGGAGCAGGCAAUGUGGUAAACGUCCAAAAGAGCAUUCGAGGUUAUGUGAGUAUCAUUUUGAUGAUUCUCAAUUUGAAAAUGCUCGACAAGAUGGAUGGCGAAAACUUAAACCAAAUGCUAUACCUACAAUUUUUUGCAAAGAAGAAAAAAUUGUUAUUGAGGGAAAUAUAAAGAAAGAAAGUGAACCUCCUCCACUUUUGUCAUUUCAGGAGACUUUAGUUGAUGAAACAAUUAUCGAUUAUAAUCACUACCAGUUUUCUCUUCUUACUGUAAAUAAAACUACUCAAACAGAAGAAAAUACCGAUGGAGCCGUCAAAACAACAUAUUAUUCCAAUGAAAAUGGAACUAUUAGGCAAGCAAAUGAAAUUAAAUAUUUACGGAAAGAAAAUAACUUAUUGAAGGCAAGACUAGAAAAAGAAAAAUCAUUGAGAACAAAAUAUCAAAAAUACAUUCCAGCAUUUAGAAAUUUAAAAAAUAAAUAUGUCACUCAAUCCAAGAAAUUAGAAGAACUGCAACGUCCGACACGUCAACAUAUUACCACAAUUGUCAUACCAACAACAUUGACAAAAUACCAACCAACGUUACCGAACAAACCAAAUUCAGAUUCAAAAUGGACUUUAGAUCAUUGCUACGCAAAAAAGAUAAGAUAUGAAUUCUUCUAUGAAUGAGGAACGUUUGUGAAAAUUAAAUUAUGAGUAAUGCGAUUAUAUAUAUACGUAUAUAUAUGCUAUACAAUAUGAGAAUCGUCCAUAUUAUUUUAUAUUGAACCAUGUAAUGUUUUGUACAGAUACAUGAAAAGUAUAUAUUAUAG